AUGGAAAUAAAUACAAAUACCACAAAACGUGACAAAAAAUUCAAAAGUUUCAAUGAAACAUUCCCGCACUGUGCAUUUGCCCUGGCAAUAUCCAUGAUUUACCCAAACAGGGAAAAUAUUCAAACACGAUUUAAAGUUAUCUUCUCCGUGAUCGCCAUCAAUGGCGUCAUGCUGUACUGGUUUCUUUUGUAUUUGUGGAAGUGUAUUUGCAACCACGACAUGUAUAACGUUUCCCGAAAUCUUACCAUCGGUAUCCUUGUGACACUAUUUUUCUUUAAAUCCUUUUACGUCACUAAUAAGACACAUAGAUUUGCUCAAAUAUUGGAAAAAAUAAGCAAUGAUUUGUUAAAAGGUAAUGAUAUGGAUGACAGCUACCAGGAAAUCUACGAAAAAUAUAUAAAACUGGGCAAACUUGGCCAAACCUGCUGGAUAUUUAUUCCAAUUCUUUUAACAUCACAAUUUCCAAUUUACGCUGGCGUAUCAACUAUAUACGAAAGUUUGAAAACUGAUGUGGGCAAGAAAUAUAUGAUUCAUGAAAUGGACCUCAAAUAUUUGGAAGAUAAACAAUAUGAUUCACCAAUUUAUGAAUUAACUUUCGCUUAUCAUCUCAUUACAUGCUUAACUUUGUCACCAAACUUCGCUGGGUUUGACGGUUCAUUCUGCAUAGCUACUAACCACUUGCGACUCAAGCUGAAAUUAUUGGCGCAUAAAGUAGACAGAGCCUUUAAGGACGCUAAAAAUAGAUACGAACUCCACGCGAUGAUAAAAGAAACAAUAAGAGACCAUCAAGAGGCUUUAUCGUUUUAUGAAGAUUUACAGGCAGUUUAUGGAAGCUGGUUGUUCACCGUAUUUGCGGUUACAUCACUAUUAAUUUCACUUAAUAUUUAUCAAAUAUAUCUGAGCGAAAGAGUCGAUCCAAAAUACGCCAUAUUUGCUAUAAGUGGAAUUAUCCAUAUGUUCACGCCCUGCUAUUUUGCUAGCAAUUUAAUAAAGACAAGUGAAGAAUUGAGCUUGGAUUUGUACAGCGUGGAGUGGGAAGUGUGGGCGUACCCAGCUGUCACCAAGCUACUCAUAUUCAUGAUAGCUAAAUCACAACAGACUCUCAUACUCACUGGGAACGGCAUAGUUUACUUCAACAUGCAACUAUUUAUUUCCCUACCGCUAACGAUAGCAAAAGUGUCUGUCGACCGUGGGUUGCCCCUUCCCCGCAACGCGUGGGGGGUGCCACCUCCAGCUCCCUUCACCUUCGCACGUUGUUCUGCACAACCAAUGACCGCCCGCCCCGAGCCGGCGAAAGGUUUUAUAUACAAGUAG